AUGGCGGACUGGGGCCCGGUGAUCGUCGCGACGGUGCUGUUCGUGCUGCUGACGCCGGGGCUGCUGUGCACGCUGCCGGGGCGCGGGCGGGUGGCGGAGUUCGGCAGCAUGCACACCAGCGGCCUCUCCAUCCUCAUCCACGCCGUCCUCUACUUCGCGCUCGUCACCAUCUUCCUCAUCGCCGUCGGCGUCCACGUCUACACCGGCUAG